AUGUCGUCGCCGUGCAGAAUAGCAGCUCGCAGCUGCGCUCGCUCCAUCCGAGUCCGAAGCUCCCUCCGCCCCUCCACAUCAUUCAUCCAGAGGAGGUGCGAAUCUACAGAGGCUGCCGUCUCGACCAACCCAAAGAUCGCCACCAUUGUCGACCAGAUCAGCCAAUUGACCCUGCUCGAGACUGCCGACCUUGUCUCUUCUCUGAAGUCGCGUCUCAACAUUCCUGAUCUCCCCGUUGGAGGUUUCGCCGCAGCACCGGCUGCGCCAGCAGCCGCAGCCGCAGAGGAGGCCGAUGAGCCCGCCCCGGCCGCACAAGAGAAGACUCUGUUUGCCAUUAAGCUGCAGUCUUUUGACGCUGGCGCCAAGGCCAAGAUCAUCAAGGAGGUGAAGGGUCUGCUCGGUCUCUCGCUGGUGGACAGCAAGAAGUUUGUCGAGAGCGCACCCAAGACGCUGAAGGACAGCGUACCCAAGGAGGAGGCUGAGAAGAUCAUGGCAACGCUGAAGGAGCUCGGCGCUGUUGUCACGAUGGAAUAA